AUGAUUGAUGGUUUGGGUCCUAUGGAUUCUUUUAUAUUAGAUGUUUUGCGUGGCUGGAGACUACUUGUUGCAGCAAGCCUUACAAAUGAUGAAUGGAGAGACAUCCUAGCUAGCACUGGCAACAAGCUCGACUACCCGGCCAUCGCUGAGGCUCUUCAGACCCUAUGGGAUGAACAGCUCAAUCAUCAUCAUGGAGCCUCCAAAGGUACAGUGUUGCAACAACAUUGGGUUGAGACCGCAGAUCCUUGGUAUAAUGCUGCGUGGCACGAGUCCUCGUGGGACACUGAGGAUUGGCAUGAGUCAGAUUGGCACUCCAUGGACCAAUUUGGUGCGUGGCCUCAAGCUGCCAACGACCCAGUGGAUAACACUGCAACCACUGAUGAUGAUCCUGAACUCCAAGAAGCUUUGGAGGCUGAGAAGGCCGCAGAGGCUUUGGCAGUUGAAGCUCGUCGAACCUGGUCGCAAGCUCAGCAGGCUACAACAGCCCUUCGACGUGACCGUGGUUUUGGACAGUUUGCUGGAACCUCAUCCUCCAAAGGUGGCAAGGGAAACAUCCGUUGUCACAUUUGUUCAGGUCCUCAUUUUGCUCGUGAUUGUCCUGACCGUCAACAUCCACAGUACCGCAAGGGUGGUGGAAAGCAGUUGAGUCCAGCUGAGCUGGACGCCUAUUUCUUCAAGGGCAAGGGGAAAGGCAUGCGAAAAGGGAAGGAUCAAAUGAUGUCCUCAUGGGACGAUUCCUACAUGGCGCCUUGGGAUGUGAUGUACACCCAGAAGGGCAAGAACAAGAAUGCUGGCAAGGGCGGAAAGCUUCGUUCCACCGUCAAUGUCUAUGGCAUGGACUAUGGUGGGAUGGAUUUUAGCAUGAUGGAGCUCCACACGCUUGAGUUCCAUGAGACGAUGGAAGCAGUUCCCUUGGAGCUCUACACCUCCAAUGAGACUCCAGCUCCAGAGACCUUCACCGCUGGCAUGCAGCUACAGGUUGGAGGACCCAGUGGUGAUUGGUUUGAGCUUGCUGUCAACGAGAGUGAUUCUUGUCAUGUCUCAGCAGUUGAUGUCCAUGUCACCAAGCAGAGCACUUCCAUGAGCACUGGUUUUGAGCUUUUGUUUCAACGCCGGAAGCUUUUGAAUGAGCAGUCGCAUUCCGCAGCUUUGGGCUGUCCAGUUGGCUCAACCUCACUGACGGGGUACAAGACCGCGACCCCACUGGAUCCAGAACGUCGUCAGGGUCACGACUUGAAGGAUCCUCGAGCUCAGCCAUCAUGCUGGCCGUGUCUCGGCAAGCACGUGCCCUCAGUGACUGGAAGCAACGCUCAUGGUUCAUGGGCCAAGUGCGCCGUGUGUGCUCUCCGCGUGGAGUACAUUCCUCGUCAGGGGUCUCCGGCCAGCUCCGUGGUUCACAAGGACCACACCUUUGUGGACAAGGCUCUGAGCAUGAUCCAGGAGGGCAUUCCGAAGGGCACUCUUCCGGACUACGAGAUGGUGGAGAAGACCUACGACUAUGUGGAAGCAAUGGACAAGAUUCGCGCCAUGAAGGCCAAGAUCUCCACCAUGGAAGCCGAAGCCCAGGGAAUGUUGAACAGCCUCGAGAUCAUGUACAACGGCUCCAAGAAGAAGACCACGAAGGCCACGGAGGCCGAGAGGAUCCUGGCUCAUUUGACGCCGGAGGAGUGGACCCACGUCAGCAAUCUGGCAUCGCAACGACAAGCCGGACAGAGCUCGACAUCGGAGAUGAUUCCCUUCAGCCCCAGCUCGGACGUGGAAGUGGAGGAGAUCACACCGGCGAAGGCCAAGAAUGAGACACUCGGCACCACCGUGCCGGAGCUACAGAUUGAACAGUUCGCGAAAAAGGUUCAGUUCUCUGACGCUCCACCGGAGGUGCAUCAAUUCGUUGACACCACAGCUGAGACAGCUUCUGAGGUUCCCGAUCAGGAGUACACUUGUGAGACUGUGGAGUUUGAGCUUUUGAAGAUCGAUGAGGGCAAGUCCAACAAGUCCUCACGCCGUGGCAAGUCUCGUCGAGCUGCCAAGCAUGAGAUGGAAGAGCAGCUCUCUUCAGCACCGUCCCGUUCAUCUGGACUCUCCGUGCUUCCUUGGAGAAUUUGCCAGGCCGUGAUGGCCUUGAGUAGCAUGCUCCUUUUGGUGGCCCAGAAUGACCUGAGCACUUUGCUUCGUGGCCACCAGCAAGUCGAUGUCUGGGAGAUCUUUUGCGCUCCCGAUUCUUGGUUGAGCUCGGCUUGUCACUCGGAAGGACUGACUGCCUCCCGCAUCAAUCUCCACCAGAACUUCGACAUGUACCGUGCCGACACCUAUGAUGAGCUUUGGGACAAGUUCAAAAGAGAACGGCCUCGAGAAGAGCAGAUCCACUCACUUCAGCUCGAAGCAAUGCCUCAAGAGCUGGAGGAUGACGAUGAGCCCAAUGCAGAACUUCGCAAACAGUGGGACAUCCAGCUGCUCAAGUACCACAAGGCAGCCGGACAUCCCAACAACUACAACUUGGCCCGCAUCAUCCGAGAAGCUGGUCAACCCCGCUGGAAGGUUGAAGCAGCCUUGAAGCUUGGGAAAUGGUACAAGCUUUUGGUUCUGAUGGACUUUGCCACUCAUUUCAAAGCUGGCAAGAUCCUACGCUCCAUGGAUCUCUACAAGCAGGAGAAUGAGAACACCACUGAGAUCCUCGAGGGCAUCUUUGACCUCUGGCUUGCUUCCAAGCCUAAGAUGACCAUUCUGGUCCCUGACAAUGCGAAGUCUAUGGUCAGCGCCCAAGCUCGAACCACCCUCUCCGACCUCAACAUCCAGAUUGAAGUACCACCAGCUAAAGAAAGCUGGAGCCACGGCCUGAUGGAAAGAGCCGUCCAAGAGGUCAAGAUCGUUGCCUCCAAGACUGCGCUCUCCUUUCCGGCGCUCUCUGCAAAGACCAUCUUGGCUCUCUCCAUCAACUCCCUCAAUGCCACAGAGGUCGUGCAGGGGUACACUCCUCAUCAGUGGGUGUAUGGGAAGCAGUUUAGCUUCUCAGAAGAAGAUGAGAGAUCCAUGCAGCAGAUUCUGCCUGAUGUCUCAGGUACCGACUUCAUCUCCCUGCUCUCCAAUCGACAACAAGCAGAGGAGAUUGCGAGAAAGGUCACGGAGCGUGAACGCCUUGACUACGAGAUCUCAAAUCCAGAAGAUCCUUCUCAUUGGCGCUCCUUGGCUGAUAUGGUGCCUCGUCGGUCGUACAUUGACCUGCUUCCAGAAGAGCCAACGGAAGAAGAUGUUGAGUUACCUCCUUUGCCAGAUGAGCCUGGUCCAUCAACACUUCAGGAUCAAAGGCCUCCAGAGAAGCGACAUCGUAUGAAGAGCCCAUGGUCACCACUUCAUGGACCACAACCUCCACCGGCUGUGCCAUCUCUGGAGUAUACUCCCUCAGAAGCACCUCUCAAUGAGUCUGAGGAUCAGCCAACUCACGCUGAACCAGAUGACACUGAGGAAGUGACCGGCACUGGCAUUGGCAGUGGCAUUCCAACCUUGGGUGAACGCUUCACCAACCUCUCGGACAACAAGCCCUUGAUCUCAUUGUCCUCCGACAGUUCCAAAGCAAGUGCUUCAGAUUCAGCAGCUGAGCCUGACUCCAAGAAGGCUCGCCUGGACUCCGAUGCCCUGAUCUUCCACGCCUUGGAGAUGUGCGAAGAAGGUUGGAUCUUGGACAUUGAGUUGGACGUCAAGUCCCAAAGAGAGAAGGAGCGUUUCAUCAAGCACCCUUCGUUGUUCUUGGCUCAGAAGCUCCGUGACUGUGAGGUCAGAUUGGAAAAGCUUUCGCCCGCACAUCGUGAACUUUUUGUUCGUGCCAAGUCAAAGGAGGUCAACAGCUUCCUGACCAAUGUGGCUGUCCGUCGUUGCCUGGACAGUCACGAAGAGCGUGAGGCUUGGGACUCUGGGCGCAUCAUGCGCUGCAGGUGGGUUCUCACAUGGAAGCCCACUCCUGAGGAGAGCAUGGAAGAAGCUCUUCAAGAAGUGGCAUCCAAGCCUGGCUCCACGACUCUGACAUCCGAUGGCAAGAAGAAGGCCAAGGCAAGAAUUGUUUUGCUUGGUUUUGAGCAUCCUGAUCUACUUCAUGAAAGCCAUCGUACUUCCUCACCAGUGCAAGCAGUUCUCACUCGCAACUUGUCUUAUCAGCUGGUGAUGGAAGAGGGUUGGGACAUUGAAGGCAUUGACAUGAGCACCGCCUUUUUGCAAACACUCCCCACUGAAGAGUCCAAGCGCCUGUGGACAACCGGUGUCAAGGAGCUCAGGGACGCUCUCCAGAUCCCCGAGCGUGGUGUGAUGCGCAUUUUGAAGAACUUCUACGGAAGCACCACGGCUCCCCGGAAUCUGUGGGAGAAUGUUGACAAGAGCCUCCGUGACUUGGGAGCUGUGUCCAUUCAGGGCGAUGCCUGUUUCUGGAUUUGGUUUGUGGACAAUGAAGCCUACAAUCCUGCCACGGAUCCUGAGCACUUCAAGCUGCGACCCCUCGGCUUCAUGGCUGGACAUGUGGAUGAUUUUCACCGUGCUGGCGAUGUCAAGGACAGCCGUUGGACGCAGAUCAAAGCAGCCAUUGAUAAACAAUAUCGUUGGGGCACAGCAAAGCAGAACAGCUACCGCCAUGCAGGUACAGAUUUGUCCAUGCAGAAGGACGCUAAGUUUGGGAGGUGUCUUGUGGUGGAUCAACAGUUUUACAUUGAAAUGUUGCAGGACGUUGAUGUGCACCCCACUCGGUUCAGCAACGGAUCAUCCACCAUGACUCCCAAGGAGAUUGCGGCCUGUCGGACAUCACUUGGUGCCUUGCAGUGGUUGGCGGUCCAGUCACAACCGCUCAUCACUGCUCGCUGCAAUUUGCUCAUUACUGAGCUUUCCACGGAUCCCAAGAUCCAGAUCGCCCAGGAGCUACAAGAGAUGAUUCGGGAGCUGCGCAAAGAAGGGUCAACAUUGAAGUUCUUCAAGUUGCCUGGCGUUCGUCGUUGGACGGAUUUGUGUGUGGUUGGCCUGGGGGACCAGGCGCACAACAACAGACCCCGUGGAGGGUCGACGGGAGGCAUGACAGUUUUCCUGUCAGGCCCUGACGCCCUCAAGGGCGUCCCAACGCCAAUGUGUUUGGUGGCUUGGCGCAGCUGGAAGCUGAAACGGGUGGCGAUCGGCACCAACGAUGCCGAAAUGCAGGCGAUUGUUGAAACAGAGGAUGUGGUCUAUAGAACCAGACUGCUAUGGGCAGGCAUGCACGGCACCGGCUCCAUCUUCAAGGGCCGGGAUUUGCUGAGCCUUGCGGACUCUCAGGACCACUCCCUCUCAGGUGCUCGGUAG